GGGCCCGUCCUCUGUUCCCCACUUGUUCGCUUUCCAGAGCACGGAGAUGGCGUCGCUUUGCAGGUCCGUCGUCGUGUCCGCGGCGAGAUCUGCGGCGGUCCGCUCCAAAGCCCUUCUGCCGAAGCACUCGCCGCCGCGGAGAGCCUCCCCUCUCGUUUGCGGGUUGGCCGCGUUGGCGUCGGUACCCAUCGACUCGUUGAUGCCGCUCCACAGCGCCGUCGCCUCUGCUCGUCUCAAAUCUUAUAUAGCUGUUGAUUCAUCUUGUUGGAGCUGCCUCUCUCAAGAAUUUGGGGUCCCUCGGUGACACAAACUGAAGUCUGGAACUAUUCUUUUACCAGGGUGUGCUGCUCUUGGUGGUGUUUUCUGUGGCUAAUUUAUGGAACUCACCAUGUAGCUAUAAUGUCCGACGUGUUUUACCAAAUCUUUUCCUCCUGGAGUUGGUUACGUUAUAUUGCUUUCUUGAGAUUUCAAUUAGAUCAUUACAAUAAAUAUCUUGUAUGUUCAGAUUAAGUAGGAUUAAGAUACUAUCGUACCGAAAAGUCUUUAUGAAACAUGGAAGAGUUGAUCUCACGAAGCCAUGCAAUGUACAACAAAGAACUGUUUUUAGCUUAAAGAGAUUAGAACAAUGUCACUUUCAUCUUGACCA